CUGUACCGGAGCCUAGGAAGUGACGUCACAACAUGUCUGACCUAAGAGUCUUGUGAUCACUUGUUUCUAUAUAAACAGUGUUUUGAUUCAUACCCACGUUUAGUUCAGGUGACAUUUGGAUUUAUCUGUCGUUGAAAGUUAACUGUAAACUUUCGCCAUGUUCAAGAGCGGGCCUAAUUACACUAAACUCAAAACCAACCUGAGACUGGUGAUAAACCGUCUGAAGUUGUUAGAAAAGAAAAAGACGGAAAUAGCUUUGAAAUCAAGAAAGGAAAUCGCCGACUAUAUUACAGCUGGUAAGGAAGAUCGAGCCAGAAUCAGGGUGGAACACAUCAUUCGAGAAGAUUAUCUGGUAGAAGCUAUGGAGCUGUUGGAGAUGUACUGUGACUUGCUGUUGGCACGGUUUGGACUGAUUCAGACACAAAAAGAACUUGAUCCUGGAUUAGAGGAAUCUAUUGCAAGCAUAUUAUGGGCAACACCCAGACUCCAAGCCGAUGUCCAAGAACUGAAAGCAGUUGCCGAUGAAUUUACUUCCAAAUAUGGAAAAGAAUUUGGCAUGGCAUGUCGAUCAAAUUCUCUGAACAAUGUCAGUGAGAAAGUGAUGCACAAACUCAGUGUUCAAGCACCACCCAAAACUUUGGUGGAAAGAUAUAUGGCUGAGAUUGCAAGGUCUUACAAUGUCCCCUUUGAACCGGAUGCAUCAGUCAUGGCAUGUGAUGAGAUACUGUUGGCAGAGAACAUGCUGAUAGAUUUUGGAAAUGAAGACAGGAAAGGCAGGGGAGGAGGAUCCGGCCCAAGUGGAGGUAUGGGGGCACUUCAACCUGCACCCGCUGCCUCAUCAGCUCCUUACCCAGCCAACAACUUCUCCUACCCCCCACAGCAACCUUACCCCGCUGGUAAAGUCCCCCCUGCACUGCCUGAUGCACCCCCUGCUGGUAACCCCAGUAUGUCGCCACCCCCAUCAUACAACACCCCUGGCUACCCAGAGCCAAGUGGGGCCUACCCCCCAUACCCUAGUCAGGACCAGAUUUAUGACAACAACGUCAAGCCAGCCAUGCCCCCCAACCCGGGUUUUAAUAUCCCCGAUCUGCCCGCUGUGCCCACCAAUACCCUGCCUGACCUGGGUAACACGGUCGGGUCCGGAACGGCUGGAGGAGAGGAUGUCGACUUCGAUGACCUAACCAAGAGGUUUGAAGCCCUUAAGAAGAAGAAAUAGUGCCACUGUCAGUCAGUUUCUCUUCAUUGAACAGCGUGUAUAAUUCCCAUGUCGAGAUCUAUAGCAGUAUGUGUCAUUUUUAUUCAUCUGUUUGUAACUCACAUCUAGAAAACAUGAUGAUUAAGCUAUUGAUGUAUCAACUGGACAGUACAGAAAGCUAUGUAUUAUUUUUCACUACUGCUAGACAAUCCUGUUACAGUCAUUUUGGCCCCUGUUGAAGAUAUUACCGUUAUUUGUAUUGAUACAAAUGUAUGUAUGUCAGUCAUUGGAUAGUCAUAGUUCUCUUGUCUGAAGUUGAGUUAAUUUGAUCUUUGUGGAUAAUUUAGAACUGUUAAGUGUUUAUAAGAGAAUAUGAAUUUGAGAAAGGAAUAUGUGGGCCCACUUUUUGUUACCCUUUUCACAAUAACUAAACCAUGUACUUCAUGUACAUUGUAUCAAUUAGCAUGGUAAGAAAUAUACAAUUUUUUAUCCUAUAUCAGAUGUCAAUAUUGAAGUGAACAUGUAAUGUUCAUGUCUGAUCUAUUCAUCUUUACAUGGUUAUAUGCCAUUAUGUAUAUAUGCUGAUUUGUAUAUACAAAUAUUCAAACAUUAAACCUUUUAAGCCCCUUUUUGUCGUUCAUUAUUUUCUCACCAAGAUGAUCCACAAAUUGGCUGUUUCUGAUCAGUAUGUGCUUCUUGUCCCCAUUAUGGAAGAUUACCAUGUUGUACCUAAAAAGGCCUUUAUGAAUUGGUUGGAAGUUUUAUGUUCAAUCCGCCUCACUUUAAACACCCCUGCCUCAGUAGAUCAGAUGAACCACAUGACUUGUCAUUCGUCGUCAUGCAGAUUUCCUCCAUCAGCAAGGUGGCAAGUCCCAGAAUAGCAGUUCUCUCCAAGGGGAAGUAGGGCUUGAUGAAGUGUGUGCUUCAUGCCAGACGUACCGGUUAUCUGAAAGAUGAUAGGGGGUAGUUGAUUCAUUGUGGCCUUAUAUUAUGGAUCUGAUGACAAUGAGAAAACAUAUGUUUGUUCCACUUAAAAGCAUUCAAUACUGAUACAGUGAUUUUGAUAUUUCAUAGGAACAUACCUGUGAGUGAGUAUGGUUUUUAUGCCGCUUUUAGCAAUAUUCCAGCAAUAUCACGGCGGGGGACACCAGAAAUGGGUUUUACACAUUGUACCCAUGUCGGGAAUCGAACCCGGGUCUUCUGCGAGACGAGUGAACGCUUUAUCCACUAGGCUACCCAACCGCCCCGUACUGUAUAAACAGACUAAGAAUUUAUUUUUUUCAAAGACUAAUCCAGAAGACCAGUGUAGACCUAAUUACACUGGUCCUCCGACUUUGUAGUGAGUUCUACUUGAACAAGACAAAUAAGUUUUCUAUGUUUACAUUUUCAGCCUGUUUUAUUCAGUUGUAAUUUGUAGCAAAAUGGAAACCUUGACAACUGGUUCAGAACUAUAGACCUCAAAUGCUACCAGUCAAUGAGGACAGCCUUCAUUGGAUUCUUAUUUGUUUAUUGUUAUUCUUAUUUGCAAUUUGUUUGAUGUUAGAGUAAGGUCAGGAUAUGUUGAUUUAAUAACUUUGCCUUAUAGGUUUGGUUUUGUAUAUCACAUUGUGAAAGUCAGGUGACUUGGCACUGAUGCUAACCAUAAGUUACAAGAGGUGUAUGGAUGCUUCAGCUUUGUGAAAUUGUUUCGCUGUGAAUUCUUCGUGUUGUGACACCUGACUUCUGAUUUGAUACCUGUUCCCGAAAGCCCCUUUUUUAUAAUUCUAUGUGCAUUGCAAUUUAAUGUUUCAUAAUAAUAACCACUUUUAAUAAAAAUCAA